AGACAUCAUAACAAAUUCAAAUCAGUUCUAAAAAGUAUUAUCAUACUACUAGGUCGGUAAGUGUGAUAGACAAAAUAUUGGUUUGUUUUGGCUAAAAUAACUGUCGGCCCCCUAUCCCCUCAAUACAUCUGGCCUCAGAUAAAAUGGCGGAACUUCGCUUCACGGACGAUCACUACUUAGUUAACAAUCUAAUUAGGCACCAGUUGCCUCUCAGCUACCACUCUUAAAAUAGGUAAUGCACACUCACGACGAUGCCACAGCUGCUACACAGACCGCCAUACGCUAUCAAAGAAGACCUUCACUGAUAAUGCCUUUGUGAUACGAAAUGUGCAUGUCGAAUAAUAAUAAUAAUAUUAUUGUACAUAUGGCUGUGUCUUGUAUUUUCUUUUUGUCCCCUAUGGUGUUGUAAACAUUCCACUGAUAGAGAAUAGUAUAACAAAGGCCUUUUAUUUAUUAGUUUAAAACUCCCCCGUUGUCGCGUAACGUAGCACGAACAUUAUUAUUAUUAUUAUUAUUAUUAUUAUUGGACGUUCAUUAUUUUCCACUGUACACCACCCGCACACGAUAUAACACCAUUUGAUCAUUCUUUGCCCACAACAGACGGCCGAAAAAUCGUCGUCAUUCUUUUAACCAAUUUAUAAUAUUAUGGCCAAUUGGACGGUCUAAAGUACAGAUUGCAACGAAAAAGUUACUUAAUUUCAACAAUUUAAAAAUGGAGGAAAGUCACCCAACAUCGUCGUCUGAAAUAACACACAACCACGAAGAUGACUGUAAAGUAACAUGGACACAUCCAAGUCACAUUUUUCAACGACUUAUAGCAUUAUUUUUAAUGUGUUUAAUUGGAUUCGGUUCAUAUUUUUGUUUUGAUAAUCCUGGAGCAUUACAAGAUAAUUUUACUCAAGACAUGAACUUAACAACCUCACAAUUUGUCUAUUUGUAUUCGUGGUAUUCUUGGCCGAAUGUUGUAAUGUGUUUCAUUGGUGGAUUUUUAAUUGACAGUGUUUUUGGAAUACGUUUAGGUACGGUCAUCUACGCAUUGUUGGUUGUUCUUGGUCAAAUAGUAUUUGCUGCUGGAGCAUAUUUGAAUGCCCUCUGGAUUAUGAUACUUGGCCGUCUAAUAUUUGGAAUUGGUGGAGAAUCAUUGGCUGUUGCUCAAAACAACUAUGCAGUAUUGUGGUUUAAAGGAAAAGAACUUAAUAUGGUGUUUGGAUUUCAAAUAAGUUUUGCCAGAGUUGGUUCAACAGUCAAUUUCAUAGUUAUGGAACCAUUAUAUAGAUAUGUAAAAAAACAAAUAAAUGUCCCUAACUAUCAAUGUUUAUCAAUUGUUUUGUUAGUUGCAAGCUUAACCUGCGUCUUAUCAUUGGUAAGCGCCUUAUUACUUGCUUGGCAAGAUAAAAGAGCCGAAAAACUACUUAACCGAAAAACACCUGAUGCUACUGAAGUUGUAAAAAUGUCUGAUGUGCGAUACUUUCCAAAAGUAUUUUGGCUAGUUACAUUCAUUAUUGUCUUCUACUACACAUCAAUUUUUCCAUUUGUUGCAUUAGGAAAAGUAUUCUUUGAAAAAAAGUACAACUUUUCACCUGAUUCAGCCAAUUUGAUUAAUGGGAUUAUUUACAUCAUAUCAUCUAUAUGUGCACCAGGACUUGGUUUAGUCAUUGAUAAAACUGGUAGAAAUCUAUUUUGGGUAUUUGUAUCAAUUCUUGGUACCUUGGUUGCGCACAUGUUCUUGGCAUUUUCAUUUGUAAAUCCGUAUAUUGCCAUGUUCACAAUGGGAUUAUCUUAUUCAAUGUUGGCAAGUGCAUUGUGGCCUCUGAUUGCAAUGGUUAUUCCUGAACAUCAAAUGGGAACAGCAUAUGGCAUAGCACAAUCUGUUGAAAAUCUUGGUCUUGCUGUUGUUGCUCUGUUAAGCGGUAUAAUAGUUGAUGCAGAAGGUUACUAUAUGGUUGAAUUAUUUUUCUGUCUUUUAUUAUCAGCUGCUCUGUUGCUGACUGCUGUUCUAUGGACAUUUGAUUCAAUGAAUAAUGGAAUAUUAAAUAUGAGUAUUAAACAAAGAAAUCGACUUGAAUCAAACAAAACUCCUUGCCCGGAAAAACAAAAUCUUUUACACAAUAAUGACAACUAUACUGAAGACUAAAUAUUAACCUUAACUUUUUUAAGUUCAUUUUUAUAUAUGCAAGAAAUUAAUCUUUCAACAAUAUGUUAUCCUUAAGUAAAUAAAUCACAACUUAUACUGAUUUAUAAAUAUCAUAUUUGUGUAACAAAUAUACUCAUAAACCAAAUUAUAUUAAAUUAA